UUUUUGUGAUCAAACCACUAGUUCCACCAGCAGCUUCACCCACUACUCAAGACGUGAGGAGACCGCUGAGGAAGACAUUCAUUUAUUUAGUUCCUUCACUCAUUUAUCUUCCUCCCCCUCGUCUCUCUUUGCCUGACUGGCUGCUGAGCUGACUGCCUGCUUGCUUGCUUGCUUGCUUGCCUGCCUGCCUGCCUGGCUGGAUGGUUGGCUCCCUCUCUCACUGGACUCUCUCUGGCACUUCACUCACACACUGCGUGAGCUUCGCUCAGGCUGGGGCUGGAGUGGAGAGAGACAGUCGGGCUUUUGGAAAGUGGGAUCGCUUUUGGCUUUCUCUCUCUUUGUCUUUUUUUGUUUGUUUAAUGGACUAUUAGAUGCGAGCAGAGGAAAAAAUCUGGCUCUCUCUCCUACAGCACUGACCACUGACCAUCCUGACUGUGCUGCAUCCAUGACUUUACAUACCUGGCUGGUGUACGGGCUUGGAUUUAUCUCGGUUUGGGCACUUUGCUUGACACAGGGUGAGUGGUUGUAAAGUGUACAUUCUUAUUAAAAUGCACCGAUAAUUCACAGUGCAUUGAGACAAAUGAAAAUGCUGUUGUGUGUAUGUGCUUGCGUGUUUGUGCGUGUGGUGUGUGCGCGCAUGUGCAUGUGUAGAUUUGUAUGUGUCAGGCGAGACUGUGUGCUUAGACUAAGUGGUCUUACAGGUGCAAUAAUCAAGUAUAACAGACUUUUCAAGGCGCUGUUAUAAACAAUACCGUGUCCAGUGAAAACAGUCAUGAGACGAUUUAGAGAAAAAAUGUAGAAAUGCAGGAAAGCGGUUGUAAAUCAAUGUUAAAAAUUUGCACUGUAUUAAAAAAGCUUAGCAGUAUAUCAUAAAAGUAAAUAUCCGAGAGAAUGUUCCAGACUAAAACCAGCAGGACGGAUCACAUUAAAAUAAUGCACAACCACACUGAAAGACAAAUCCGAUAAAUAUGCUUUUGCUCUGCAUAUAAUUGACCUGGGAGUUCAGAGCUCAGCCCCCAAACGAUAGGUAAUAUCCAUAUGUGGCACACUAAAUUUCCCCACAGAGCAAUAAUCAUUGACCUGACUCGGCUCGGCUGCAACCUUUUUUUUUUUUUGUAUUUAUUCCACAAGGGACUCAAACCAGGGGGAACUGGGGUGAUGUUGUGCACCGAGAAAUGAUGCUGCUUUGCUUGAUUCAUAUCACUGUGUUUGGUCUGAGUCAGAUCACCUCUGAUCCCAGCGACAGACCGGAGCGUGAAGUGAGCUCUUGGACCGAUUAAUGAUGCGGCGUUCAUAAAUAGGACAGCAUCCAUGAGAGGCGGCAGCUGAGGAUACAAAUAACUGGACAUGGAUAUUAUUGCGAUGCGGUGGAAACAGUAUCAGAUUAUUCGAUGAGUGUUUUUUUCUUCUGCUUCAAACGAACAGAAAAUCAUUAAAGGUGCUGGUUAUGCAGGAUUUAUAUUAAAUUAGCAUUAAAAUAUAGCUAUUGUAACAUAACACAUCAUUAGGAAGUAGUAUGCUGAGCAAUAAUAUAUCAAAUAAAUCUUAAAGAUUCAAUCUGGCAUUAAAGCAGUUUCUUGUAUAACAAUGGUGCUUUUAAAGGGACUUUUAGGCAUUAAUUUGUGUUAAGUCUGCCAACAACAUAAUGUGCAAAAAGACAAACAACAAAACAAGUUCCCCUUUUUCUACCACCGCCUCUUCUUUAUUUUCCAGUUUUCUUUGUCUUCUAACCUUUCUUAUAAUUACAUGCAUCAUGCAUAUAACAGUAUUCCGGCUCAUCUCGCUAAUUGGCUCAUUGUUUAAGUGCAGAUAAGCCUCACUAAACCAAUGAUUGACAAAAUUGGAUUUAGGUCACAGUAGACUCUAAUACAUGCAGAAAUAAUCUUCAUUUCCUAUGCAAACUGAGAGCAGAUCUGUAUAAUAAAUUGCAAUAUGCCGUGAAAUGCUGAAUAUCUCUUUCAAUAUGUCCUCAUUAUGAUGACAAAUGCUCACACCGGGCAGAGCGUCAAUGUUUCAUGAGGGUGGAGUGCAGCGACAACAAGGCAGCAGGGUGAAUUGAUAAAACAGGUUGUUAGCCAGAUGUAAAUGACUCGCUUUUUAUUUCUGCCACCAUUCUCCAGCUCUAAUGAAACACUCUAAUAUUAAUGAGAGCUCACGCUGCAUGGUGUAUCACCAGCGGGGAGAAGAUGACACAUCCCCUAAAGGCUGGCAUGCGUUUGCUGUCCCCUGUGAGGCUUUACAUUGAUUCCAGCAGAUUUCUAAAGUGAUUUUUGUAAGAGCAUUUGCCCGGGAUUAGUUUGCUCCUGAAAGCUCCAUCAGAGCUUUUGGUGGGCUAUUUAACCAAGCAGACGUAGCGAGAGGCUCGUGUCCGCUUUCUGCCCUCACACUCUGUCCCCAGGUUUGUACAGAUAAAGAGGCAGGAUUGGUUUCAAAGCCAAAGCUGAUCUACUAUCUUGUGCGUUGGAAAAGAGAGGGAGGCGGAUUUUGGAGGUCGGGCACAGGUGUGUGUGAGUGGUCUGCGUUCACGGACAAUCCAUUUAAGCUCUGGUGGAUUUGUGGUGUUUAGGCUUAGCCUUACUUUCUUCAGAGAGUUAGAGGAAGAGGAAGUGAGACAGAAGAGGAAACUGGAGAUCAAAGAGGCCUUUGGUGCAUUUCGUUUCUGGAAGGAUGAGCUUUAAAAUUCCAUAUGAUUCAGCGGGUAUAAGCUCCUCUUUCAGCAGCACAGGGACCAAAACUUCUCUGACAAGUGAUCAUGUUAGCUGUGUCUAUCAACUGCAGGUGUCAGGUAUAAGAAGGGAAGGUAAACAGACUAAUCUAGCUCCCCUCUAUUUCUCCCAGUGUGCUGGAGCUUCCAGUACUCACAGGGCGCUGAGUGGUAGACACACACAGCUUCAGAUCACAAGCUGAGGCCAACAGGCAGACAUCUCAGGAUGGUGUAGCUACAACCAUAGGGUGAGUCACCUCUCAGCACAAGCUGUAAAAGAAGAGGAGAGGAGAGAAGAGGAGAGGAAAGAAGGAGAGAAGAAGACAAAUAUCAAACUCUGCUCUUGGUUGUGAUGCUCUCUCGGAAUACAAGAAACUGCCUUUAGUUAAAAGAAAGAGGAUUGCUUUUAAAUGAGGUAAUUUGCACUGCUUAUACGCUGCAUAGCUUGAGGAAGAGGAACUACUGUGCUGCAAUUUAAGUUUAAUUCUGCAGUUGCAACAGGAAUAAUUAAAACGGUAUGAGAGUGAAUGCAGAUGUGGAUUUAAAACCAUGGAUUCAUCAGUCAAACUGCUGUUUUGGAGCAACCAGGAUAACUUCAGUAUUUACCUACAUGGCUGAAAAGGUGGGUCUCAUCGUACUGAUGUAAACUUGCAGAAAAGGUCAGUUUUAAAAUUUGCAGGAAGUCCUGCAGUUUGCCCCCCUUUAUAAACAGGAUUUUAUAAGUAAUGUAGCGUACACUCUGAUUUUAUUUGAAACCUGAAGUAGGCCAAACCAUGUCACGGAAAAUAUUUUGAUUCACACUCUGGAAAUAGGUCACCAGGAACCAAUAAAUUAAAUAUCCCAUCUGGAAUGAAUCAAGAAAAAUAUUCUUGAGAAUGAUUGACUACAAAUUAGAGGUGAUAUCACGGUAUGUUUUCAGGAGCUAAGGCUUUCAAUUCCAGCAAGACUGGAGCAGCAAUCACAAAUCAAACUUAAAUAUCAUAUUACAGAAAAUACAGGCUAUAUGACGAGGGGGGUCCAGACGUUUUGACUUAGGGUGGCCGAACUUUGGCGCUGACUUAAACAAGGGUAUGGUAGGCAGCAAACUACAACAAAUUUCAUUUAUUUAUUCUUCCAGUCACCUCCAAUCAUACAUAUAUGACCUGCAACAGACAUGAACUUUUUAAAAGAUUUGUUAACACCACAGACAAAUCUCCUAAAAGUUCCUUCUCAAAGGACUCUGAAAGAAGACGUGUGUCCAAAGUAAAAAUUUAACUACUAAAAAAUAGAAAUGUGUAGAUUACUAGCAUUCUGUUGUAAAAUGGCACAAACCUGGUACUUUUUUCCUACAUGAGUCCUAGCUCUAACAGGGCAGGUUGACAAUCAGUCAGUAUAUUCUGAGUUAGGCUGUGGUCGUAGUUCAUUCAGGCAAUUUAACUGGACUACUCUCUCUGUCACAAAUUACAUGAAUUAUGCAAAAAUCGAGGGUAGUACAUUACGAUCGGGUCGUCUCCCAGCUGAUGUAUCACAACAAAAACACAGAACGCAUCAGAAAGAGGCUAACGGGAUGUACGUCGAACGAUGAAAACACAACCACUGUUUCUUUGUCAAGGUUUUGUUUACUACUUGGCUUCUAGACAAUACAUUUGUGCUGUUCAAUUCUCAGGUGUGCGAACACCGGAACAUGAGAACAACUAUUAAACAGUUACCUCAGGACUCUUUACAAAAAAAGCAGCCUCAAAUCACUCACUUUACGAUGUUAACUUUAUUUCUUUAUUCUUUAAAGCUCCUGUAAGCAGCUUUUAGUUUGCCUCAUCUUUGGCGCCACCUGUGGACAAAGCAUUUUUUACAUUUCUUAUCCUUUACAUGCCUAAUUAGAGUCAUCUGGCAGAAAAAUCUCACCCUAAUGACCUCUGACUGCUACAUGCAUCAUUAAUUGUGAAUUUUUCUGGAAAUGGUAAAGAUAGAGCUGUUGCUAUAGCUACAUGGCUGACACUCGCCCCUUUGCACUGAUUUGAGAUAUGAAGAAUUACAGAAUAAAAACUGUCAGCCUGUUACUGAUGAUCUUGUUUACUUAUAAAAAGGCAUCAGUAUGGAUUUCAGUUUGUUUCAUAAACAUCAAUAAAAUCCUCACAAGAGCUUCAAAACUGUAUUUCUUAAUAACUCAUCCAGUUUGAUUAAACUGAGGCUUGGAGUUUUGCAUUAAUUUGUAUUUCUAAACACAUACAUGAUGUGACUGAAAGGUAGACAAGUUGAAGGCAGCUACUAAGAUUUGUUUUCAACACUUUCUGAUUAACCAAAAGUCAGUUUUAGUGGUCAGCAUUUCCAAUAUGACGACCAUCAUUAUGGGCAAUAUGAUGCCAAAUACGUCCUUCCUUUUAGUAGUUUUACAAUCUCCGAAUUCUACUCUGUUUGUAGGUCAAUAAAGUGUAAGUAGAUAAAUGGGUGUGUUUCUCCUGCAGUCAAGGGGCUGCAGUGCUAUGGCUGCAACAUCAUCCAGGGUCAGAGGUACGUGGACGUGGGCUGCUCAAACCCAGAGGUCAUCACCUGCACCCACUCGCACAAAGGCUUCAAACAUCGGUUCUGCAUCAAGACAGAGAGCAGUGAGUGAAACCUCCUCAAACUAAAUCACAAAUACACUGAAGUCAUGUUAAUGUGUCUUCUGCUUCAGGUUGAGUUACUGCGCCUGGUUUGAGUCAUAUUUGGAGAGUAUUUAUGCCGCAUUAGAAGAUUAUUAAAUUGUGAUGAAUUCACCCUGGCGUACCACUGGACAUUGGCAUAAUCAUUUUUAAUCAUACUUUCAUGUUAAUGUUCUUUGUCCACUGAUGUGAAUAUUUUAUUUCUCCUUGCACUGAGGGUAGUUACAUAACCCUACUUUGGUGUGCUUUGCUGAGUAAAUUACAAGUCACUCAUUGUUUGAUGUGAAGUCGAAUAGAGGAUGUGGACGUGGCUGCGGUAAACGGUGAUGGUCAGAUGAGCGGCUCUGCUGAUAUCCAUGCAAGCGUGGACGAUGCAGCUGUUCCUUUGCUUGACGUUUAACUCAGCUCAGUCAUGUUGAAAACGGCUGAUGGGGCACCUUUGCUUAAAGAAGUGACACGCUAAGACACGGACUGACACGAGCCCAUCAGACACAGUAUGAUUGUCAGAAUCUUGUGUCGGUGUCUUGGUUGUAAUCUGUGGCCAGUCAGACUGUUAAUCUGCAUGUGACCCUGCCAAACUCAAAUCUAACUGAUUCUGGUGAUUUUCCAGAGGCGUCUUAGGGGUCUAGUGCCCUUUGUCCUUUAAAAACAAGACAUCUGUCCUUCACCCAGAGUCAGCACUCUUCAUAUCAUGUUCUAGCUCUUUUAAGCAUCAUCCAUCUGAUAAAUGAGAUGCAAAUAAUGCACAUAUACUUGACUAUCUUAUCUCAAAUUAAGAGGGUAUCCUGAUCUUUUCAGGUUGUCUUUUCUCACCUACAAGAUUGUUUCCAAAUCCACCUUAAACUGCAAAACAAAUCUCUGUGUCCCCUAAAACUAGAUGCUGGAUUAUAAUGGAAGAGAUGUUGACGAGUGCAGAUCACGUACAAGCUGCUAAUGAGGAUCAGGUUGAUUUGAAUAUAAGGUUGAAGAAACUAGAUCUUAAGGUUGCAUUCAUAUAAGAUGUUCUCAUGCAAUGUAAUGCUGCUCCCUGAUCAAGUUAUAUCAUUUUCAUUAACAUAAAACUAUAAAAACAUCACAUAGGUGUCUAAAUAUAGAUUUUGCAAAGUAAUCUGAUGUAUUUAAUCAACACUUCUCCAAUUUCUAUUUAUCGCAUUCAACAGCACAUAAAGUACCACAUAUGAGCGUCUUGGUUUCAUAUCCUGUGUUGUGCACCUUUAAGCUCUCUAAAUGUCUUCCUCAUUACACUCUUGCACUUUCUGCUGCUUACAUGUGCUUUAUUUUCUUGCUGAGCUAAACACCAGCUUGUCACUCUUCCUCUGACUGAUUGUCUUCCUUUCUGUCCAUCCAGCGGCCCUGGGUAUCGUCCUGACCAGCGGUUGUGCCACAUCCAGACACUGCCAGCAGCAGGAGCUGCCAGGGGUGCGCAUUCACUGCUGUGACUCAGAUCUAUGUAACAGCGCCCCCUCCUGGCAUCCACAUACGCUGCACUAUUUAAGUGCUUUGAUCAGCCUGCUAGUGCUGAGGAUGUGGUUGUGAUAUGGAGGGGAGAUGACACCAAUGGACUUUGGGAGAAAGAAAAAAACAUUUGAUAUCAGUUACUCUCGCCUCUCUUCUUAGAUGCUCAUGUUUAGGGCUAAAUGAGAGUUUUACUACGUAUGGUGUCACCGGUGAGCAUCUGGACAUCAUAGCCUUGUCCUUAAGCUAAACAUAUUUCAUCAAAACGGAGAUGAAGUUGCAGAAAUCAUAGUGAUUUUAUUGUGCACACUAACUGGCUUAUAAAGUUUAUAUGGUAUUACGGGACAUUUGUGAAAGAAAGAUGUUAACGUCAUAAAGUCACUUCAUUUAAAACAGUGGUUCUCAAGUCCAGUCCUCGAGGCCCACUGUCCUGCCAACACACCUGAUUCAAAUGAUCAGCUCGUUAUCAAGCUCUGUAAUGGCUUAAUAACGAGCUGAUCAUUUGAAUCAGGUGUGUUGGAGCAGGGGAACAUCCAAAACAUGCAGGACAGUGGGCCUCGAGGACUGGACUUGAGAACCACUGAUUUAAAGUAAUGCAGUUACACACUGAGUUUAUAUAGAAGCUUACACACACUCAAACAUAUACACCCAUUUUAUCUGUUAAGAAGUUUAUUAUCUUUCUUGAGGUCACAUCUUCAUGUGCAGUCUGUUGUUUUUAAGUCAAAGGCUAUUUACUUUGCGAAUUUAAAGAUAUUUUUUUAGUUUGCUAUUCAGCUCCUAGGCUAAGCUUGGGAAAGCACACUGCAUGUGGUUCUGUGUACAGUGAAAGCAUGUAAUGUUGUGAAUUAUUGUAUUAAAAUGUUUAAUAUUUUUCAAAUUAAAAAAAAAGCUCUGAA